GUAUUGGCGCUGCGCUUGUUGUGCGAAGAGCCCGCUUUGUUUGCGCAGCUCCGGCUAAUUCUCUGUGUUUUCUCGGAUUGAAAACCUUGUCGCGGUUCCUGUUCGAUCGCAGACUAGACGGCGAGGGUUUCCCCGCGUGGAGUGUUUGCUUCCGUGCAGAUCACGUGAGAGCUGUGAAGAGAGCGUUCCAAUGGCGAUGAGAAGGGGACACAUUCGGUACCUGAAGGUGUGUGAGGUUCAGAGUUCGGACUCCAGAGACUCUCAGCUGGGAGUGAAAGGCUCCGCCUCCAAGGAGCUGGGGAACGGCCUGGAGAACCUCCUGGAGGACGAGGACUCCAGGACCAACCUGAUCGUGAACUACCUGCCCCAGAGCAUGAACCAGGACGAGCUGCGCAGCCUGUUCAGCACCGUGGGCCCCGUGGAGUCCGCCAAGCUGAUCCGGGACAAGGUGGCAGGCCACAGUUUAGGUUACGGCUUUGUUAACUUUGUUACCCCUAGCGAUGCCGAGAGGGCAAUCAGUACCCUCAACGGCCUGAGGCUACAGUCUAAAACCAUCAAGGUGUCGUACGCGCGGCCGAGCUCGGACACCAUCAAGGACGCUAACCUGUACAUCAGCGGGCUGCCGCGCACGCUGAGCCAGCCGGACCUGGAGGACCUGUUCUCCCGCUUCGGACGCAUCAUCAACUCGCGGGUCCUGGUGGACCAGGCGUCGGGUCUGUCCCGCGGCGUGGCCUUCAUCCGCUUCGACAAGCGCGCCGAGGCGGAGGACGCCGUGCGGCAGCUGCACGGCCACACGCCCCCGGGCUUCCCCGAGCCAAUCACGGUCAAGUUCGCCGCCAACCCCAACCAGACGCGGGGCGGCGGCGCCGGGGGCCCGGCGGCGGCGCAGUCUCACCACGGGCAGAUGCGGCGCUACGGGGGGCCCAUCCAUCACCAGGCGCAGCGCUUCAGGUUCUCCCCCCUCAGCGUGGACCACGGGGCGGAGCCCGGCUCGGCCCCGCCCACCUCCGGCUGGUGCAUCUUCGUGUACAACCUGGGCCAGGAGGCGGACGAGGCGGUGCUCUGGCAGAUGUUCGGGCCCUUCGGCGCCGUGGAGAACGUCAAGGUCAUCCGCGACUUCGGCACCAACCGCUGCAAGGGCUUCGGCUUCGUCACCAUGUCCAACUACGAGGACGCCGCCAUGGCCAUCCACAGCCUGCACGGCUACCGGCUGUGGGACAAUGUCCUGCAGGUGUCCUUCAAGACCAGCAAGGGCCACAAGUAGGGGGGGG